UUAAUGUAAACAUUCCCAUUCGCGUAGUCGGCAACCGCCAAGUGCCAACCGACCAUUGCCAGUUGCCACAUUCACUAUAACCCUAACGCUGUUGCGGCACUCGUUACUUAUGAGUUUGUGACGAUUAGCAAAUUGUGGAUAAGCCUACGUAUACAGUGGAGUUUUAAAUUUAACCUUCACAGUUCGUGGAAUUAAACGAGAUGACGCUUGUGUUUUGAAUAUUUUCGUCUGAAUCCCCUUGUUCCAGACUAUGUCUCCUCCGCCAGAUUGUCGGUGUUUCGACGAAUGGUUCACGAUCAAAAUAGAUAUAUAGUCGGACCUCAGUAAGCUACGAGUUCUACAAGUCAAUUACAUGUGGUGGUAAUUUAAUGACCGAAGUUAAAGAAGAAAUAGACCUAGAAAUACAAGUAGAGACGAUGCAGACCAAUCACAGUCGCAACUCUUCCCUGAAAGUGAUCACUUUGGUAACGCUAACUCUUCAAAAUGCCAUGGUUGCACUCAGCAUGCGUUAUGCACGGACCAGGCCUGGAGAUAUGUUCAUAUCAUCUACCGCUGUCGUCAUGGCCGAAGUGGUAAAACUCUCCGUUUGUCUGGUACUAGUAUAUCGAAUAGAGUCUCUGUCGUGGAAACAUUUUAUAUCGAUAUUGAAUAAUACAAUCAUUAAACAACCGAUGGACACGCUGAAAGUUUGUAUACCAUCUUUAGUAUAUCUGAUACAAAACAAUUUACUAUAUGUCUCCACUUCAAAUUUAGAUGCAGCUACUUAUCAAGUCACAUAUCAACUUAAAAUAUUUACGACAGCCGUAUUUUCUGUGUUGAUACUGAAACGUAAACUAUUGCGACAUCAAUGGAUUGCAUUAGUAAUUUUGAUUUUAGGUGUCAUUCUUGUUCAGCUAAAUAAUUCAACUGACAAAUCUAAAGAAACUCACCCUAAUCAAAAUCGAAUAGUCGGAUUAGUUGCUGCUCUCAUUGCUUGUUGCUUGUCUGGAUUUGCUGGGGUUUAUUUCGAAAAAAUACUGAAAGGAGCUGAAAUAUCAAUAUGGAUGCGCAAUAUUCAAUUGAGUUUUGUUUCUAUCCCGAUAGGUUUUAUCAUGUGUUUUGUUACAGACUGGAAUAUAAUCAACGACAAAGGCUUUUUUUUUGGUUAUGACCUUUACAUAGCCUAUUUGAUAAGCUUACAAGCAGCUGGAGGACUUAUUGUAGCAAUGGUUGUAAAAUAUGCUGAUAAUAUAUUAAAAGGUUUUGCUACUUCUUUAGCAAUUGUUGUAGCCUGUGUUUUCUCAAUGUACUUCUUUAAUUUUACAAUAAGUAUUCAGUUUGUUGUAGGCACAAUGCUUGUAAUGUGUUCAAUAUUUUUGUAUAGUUAUACCAAGCAAAAAAAAUUACCAAACCUAAAUACCACACAAAGAGCAUAAAAAAGCUAUACACUAAAAUUAUGAUAAUGUUUAAUGUAAGCAAACAACUUAAAAAUAUAAGAAAAUUAAUUUUUUAUAAUAAUAUGUUUGUCGUUUGUGUAUAUUAAUAUAUUAUAAUCAUUGACGGUUUAUAUAAUUAUUAUAAGUUAUAUCAAAUAUUUUAAAUGUUUAUAGAAAAAUUAUGUUUUGUUUAAAUUACUUUCAAAUUGUACAGAUGUAGUAUUAUAAUUUAUAAUUUUUACCAUACUUAAGUCAAAAAAUAAUUUAAAAAAUUAUAUUAUAAUAUACUAUAAUUGUAUUUUUUUAUAUAUACUUAACUAUAAUCUUAUACUCUGUUCAGAAUAAGAUUGAACAACUCGGCCGACCAAAACACGUUUUUUGUGCACAUUCCCACCAUAAUCUGGACAUCGGUGAGAGCAUUAGCACAGGCGCUCGAUGACGGCUGGCGAUGACUGUCAGCCAAUCACAGAACGUAUAGCCAUUGCGUGGGAGGUCUGGCACUGUUCGGCAGCUCAGUCUGCACGCGCGAACGGUUCAAUCUUAAUCUGAAUAGUAUAUAGUAAUAAAGAUAAUAUAUACAUUAAUUUUAAGAAUAAAAAAUGUAUAUUAACUAAUUUUAUUAAUAGCACAAUAAUGUAUUUGAUUAUAUUAUGGCUCAAAUACUGUUUUCAUAUAUUUAUAUCUAUACCUAUUUACCUAAAUUUUUAUAUUAAAUUGACUACCUACCGAUAUUUAUUAUAUUAUAGACAUAAGUAAAUAUUAUAUUCAUCUAAUUAAGUAAAGUUGUUACUUAUUAGUUAUUAGUAUUACUGUUAUGUUAUGAGUUAUGCUUAUCAGGAGCGUAUUUACGGGAGAGGAUUUGGGGACUUAGCUCUUUAAUUACAUGUCUAUUAUUAUAUUAUAAUUUUUACAUUGUAAUCUGUUAGCUAAAAUCAUCCGCCCCUACAAAAAAUAAUAAAUACGCCACUGAUGCUUAUGGUUUAUGAAUGUAUCUUUACAUCACAUAAUAUUUAUUACUGUUUUCUUCAGAAUCUUUAUACUUCAACAUUAUAAUUUAUGAUUUCUAACUUCAUAAUAUAAUUAACAUAAAUAUUAUAAUACUUGUA